AUGCCGAGCGACGGCUUCACCAUCGUUGUCUUUGUGACUCGCAAGCCAGAACUUUCCCCCGACGCCUUCCAGGAUUACUGGGAGAAACACCAUGUGCCAUUACUUCGACGCCUUGGCGGACCUCGUUUUCCACGCAGUCAUAUUCGACACUAUUUGAAACGUGACGCUCAAGCCCCCGGCUUCCUCGCUGCUGUGCUGGUGGGGGAGCCAUCCGAUUUUACCUAUGACGCAUUUGCUAUUAUCAACUUUGAGAGCGAAGCCGCAUUUCAAGAAUUUGUCCCUAUUAUGUCGACUCCCGAAGUUUUGGAGGACGAGGAUAGAUUCACAGAUCGGGCCAAAAUGAGAGCCGUGGUGCUUGGUGGAGUGAGGCAAACGACGCGUUAA